AUGCUAGUUUUUCUCAUAUAAAAGAAUAAUAUUUACAACGAAUCUUAGUAUUAAAAUGAAAAUGGCUUAAUUGACAUAGAAUUUGAAUAUAAUAUAGCUUACUACACAGUUUUAGAAUUUAGAUUUUCUGUAGGUUAAUUACAAUUUACUUGGAUACUUGGCUUAUCUAAUUAUGCGUGA